AUGCUGCCAGCAGCUCGCAUCUCGUCAAGAACAAGGCGCCCCAUUGGCCACGCCCUCACAUCUCCAUCAUCGUCUGCCUCCUCAUCACGAUCCACUUGUUCGGCCUUUGUAACAUCACCAUCUAGACCGAUACAUUCCUCGCCCCCCUUGCAGCCUCGUUCAAAGGGCAAGGGAGCCUACAGAGAGGGCGAAGAAGGGGAAGAGGAAGAGGUCGACGAAGCAGAAGACGGUAAGAGCGCUGAGAAGACCAAGGACAAGGAGACCGAGACCAGGUCAUCGUCAUCGUCCUCUGCUGCAGAUGGGGUUGGCGCUUCCUCUGCUGCGAAUGGAGCAGCAGCUGGAGGAGCCUCGGGUGGCGAUGGCUCAGAAGGUGGAUCAAGCUCUGGCUCUUCGUCGUCCGAAUCCUCAUCUUCUCGCCAGCUCACUUCUCCCACGGUACCAUCGGUCUACCCGCAAGUCCUCGCCCUACCUAUCACUCGCCGACCCCUGUUCCCCGGCUUCUACAAGGCAGUCGUGAUCAAAGACCCACACGUCUGUGCAGCGAUUAAGGAGUCGCUCAAGCGUGGACAACCAUACAUUGGAGCUUUCCUCUUGAAGGAUGAGGAGGGUGAUGCUGAUACAAUCGAGAACCUCGACAAGGUUCACAGGACAGGAGUCUUUGCUCAGAUCACCAGCGUCUUCUCAGCGCAGUCCUCAAAGAAAGACAGCAAAUCUGGUGACGGCGAGGCAAAGGACGACGAUAGUGAGGGCCUUACGGCUGUGCUGUACCCGCAUCGUAGAAUUCGCAUAGACGAGCUGCUUCCGGCUCAUGGAUCGCCCCAGCAUGCUGGGGGCAACCUCACACCAAAGGACGAUGGCGCUCAUCAGGACAGCGACUCUGGUGUGGUAGUGUCGAAGGAUCCUUCUGAUGCCGAAGCGGCGGCUAAGGGCUCCCCUGCUGAGCAUAUUCCCUCGCAUGGCGCUCCUUACCAGACCAGCUUCCUCCGCAAUUACCCCGUCUCCCUCGUCAACGUCUCCAACCUAGAUGCCAAGCCUUACCCCAAGGACUCGCAGGUCGUGCGCGCCAUCAAGUCGGAGCUCAUCUCCGUCUUCAAGGAUAUUGCUACGCUCAACCCGCUCUUCCGUGACCAGAUUGCCAAUUUCUCAAUCGCACAGGGUGCCGGAAACGUCUUUGAGGAGCCCGAGAAGCUAGCCGAUUUUGCCGCUGCCGUCAGCUCAGGCGAGGUGGGCGAAUUGCAAGAUGUGCUGGAGGCUCUCGAUGUGGAAGAGCGACUACAGAAGGCCCUCGUUGUCUUGAAGAAGGAGCUGAUGAAUGCCCAGCUGCAGAAGAAGAUCAGCAAGGACGUCGAGGACAAGAUUCAAAAGCGUCAGCGCGAGUACUUCCUCAACGAGCAGCUCAAGGGUAUCAAGAAGGAGCUCGGCAUCGAGUCGGAUGGCAAGGACAAGAUGGUCGAGAAGUUCAAGGAGAAGGCUGCUAGCCUCAAGAUGCCAGAGGCAGUCAGGAAGGUCUUUGACGAGGAGCUGAGCAAGCUGCAGACUCUAGAGCCGGCGGCGAGCGAAUUCAAUGUCACAAGAGGCUACCUGGAGUGGCUUACGAACAUCCCGUGGGGCGUGCACUCGCCCGAGAACUACUCAAUUGCGAAUGCUACCACAGUGCUCGAUGAUGACCACUACGGUCUCAAGGAUGUCAAGGAUCGCAUUCUGGAGUUCCUGGCAGUCGGCAAGCUGCGCGGUACUGUCCAGGGUAAGAUCAUCUGUUUGGUCGGCCCACCUGGAGUGGGAAAGACUUCGAUUGGAAAGUCGAUCUCCCGAGCGCUGGAUCGCCAAUUCUUCCGCUUCUCGGUAGGAGGUUUGUCCGAUGUAGCUGAGAUCAAGGGUCACCGAAGGACAUACGUGGGAGCCAUGCCCGGUAAAGCCAUUCAAGCUUUGAAGAAGGUCGGCACAGAGAACCCUCUGGUGCUUAUCGAUGAGGUUGACAAGAUCGGUAGAGGUCACAAUGGUGAUCCCUCCUCGGCGCUGCUGGAGAUGCUUGAUCCGGAGCAAAACGGCUCUUUCCUCGAUCACUAUAUGGACGUACCUGUGGAUCUGUCACGGGUGCUGUUCGUUUGCACUGCCAACACCUUGGACACGAUCCCGCAACCGCUCCUCGACCGAAUGGAGGUGAUCGAAGUGUCUUCAUACACUGCGGAGGAGAAGAGGCAUAUCGCCAAGGGCUACCUUGCUCCACAAGCUAAGGAGGCUUCUGGUCUGAAGAACGCCAACAUCACACUGCCGGACCAGACGAUUGAAUUCUUGAUCAAAAACCACGCUCGCGAAAGUGGAGUGCGAUCUCUCAGGAAGUUGCUAGAGAAGGUAUACCGUAAGAUUGCAUUCAACAUUGUGAGGGAGCACGGUGAGACUGUCUUCCCCGAGCCGAAGGGUGAGCUGCAGCCCGCUUCGGAGGAGGCGGUGGACCCGAACAAGGUGGCUGGCGGAAGUGAGAGCAAUGCGCAGAGCGUAGUGCCACCGCCGACGCCGUCCGACUCGAAGGUCUCUAGCAUUGCUGGCCAGAAUGAGCCAAGCGAAGCAGAGGCAGACAACAAAGUUCCUGCUCGGGACGCUCCGCCCUCUCCUCCUCCGAAGACCACUACGGAGGAAAGAAAGCCGAUGGAGGUGCCUCCUUCCGUGAAUGUAACCAUCACCAUCGAGUCGCUCAAGGAGUAUUUGGGCCCUCCGGCCCACUACAAGGACCGUCUCUUCACCCGCAACAUGCCGUCGGGUGUCGCCAACGGUCUCGGCUAUCUCGGCAACGGUUCCGGCUCGCUGAUGCCCAUUGAGACGACUCUGCUGCCAUCCAAGGAAGGCUCCGGUGGUUCGAUCCAGCUCACUGGUAAGCUCGGCGAGGUGAUCAAAGAGUCGGCCAACAUUGCUCUCUCGUUCCUCAAGUCCAACGGAUACUCCCUUGGUCUAGCGCCCGACGAGAAGACGAACAUCCUAGAGGGUCGCAAUGUCCAUCUGCACAUGCCCGAGGGCUCCAUCGGCAAGGAAGGGCCUAGCGCAGGUGUGGCAUUUGUGGUGUCUCUAACGAGCUUGUUGACCGACAAGCUGAUCAAGCCAGACCUGGCCAUGACCGGUGAAGUCUCUCUGCGUGGCAUGGUCCUCCCCGUGGGUGGACUCAAGGAGAAGCUCCUAGCUGCACAUCGCUCUGGGAUCAAGACGCUCAUCCUCCCGCUGGCCAAUCGGUCAAACGUGGAGACUGACGUGCCAGAGAACGUGCGCAAAGCCAUGGAAAUUCACUAUGUUGGAAACGUCUGGAGUGCUCUAGAGGUGGCCUUUGGAGAGGGGGCUUGGAGUCAACGGGCGAGGGAGAUGAAGGCGGAAGAGGAGAACGAGGAGAAGGAGAGAAAAGAGGAGGAACAGAGGGAGAGGGAUGCACAGACUGCCUCGAGCCCUUCGGCGCCUGAGCCAACCAAGGGGGAGGACGGGGCGAACAAGGAUCAGCCGGUGAAUUGAAGACUUAGAUGAGAGAUGAGACAGAAACACAGAGAUCAGGAAGGGAAUGGGAGAAUCGCUUGCACGGUCCAUAUCUUGUUGUCCAACUUUUACUGGCAUGCUCCUUGCCCUGCCACCUACAAACAUUAGCACUACUCACAUCACCAGAUAC